AUGGCGGCCAUCGACUCCAAAGCAUCCUCUCUCCACGUAGAGUCCGCUGCCAAGUCGUCGGAUCGGGUAGAUGAGUCUUUUGAGGGCCUCUCCAGUGAAGAGGAACGAGCUGUGGAGAAGCGCUAUGCUGACCUCGAGCAGUGGUGCGCAAAAUCAAUCUGCAUCUUUAUUUCCUCCCUAUUCCUACUGUUCAUCUUCAACAUCUUGGACCAUUCCAACAUCGCCAAUGCACGUCUAGGAGGGCUGCAGGAGGACCUGGGCCUUUCCGACCCGCAGUACCAGACUGCGGUGGCCAUCAUGGAUCUACUCAAGUUUGUCGGUUAUCUCCUGGGCCAGGUCCCCAGCAAUAUCUUGCUGACACGGCUGAAACCCUCCCGCUAUCUCCCAACAGCCAUCUUCAUCUGGGGUGGGAUAUCCAUUUGCAUGGCCGCCACGAAGAACUUCGCCGGCAUCAUGUGUGUCCGCGUGUUCCUCGGGUUUGCCGAGUCGCCAUUCUUUUCUGGUGCUUUAUUAUUGAUAAGCUCCUGGUACAAGCCGUCCGAAAUCGCCGUUCGAGUGGCCAUCGUGUAUUGCGGCAACACCCUCGCCAACGGAUUCGGCAGCAUGUUCGCCGCGGGCGUCAUGAGUGGCUUAAACGGCAGAGGCGGGCUGGAGGGUUGGAGAUGGCUGUUUAUCAUCGAAGGCGCCGGGACCAUGGUGGCCGGUCUUCUCGCCGUGGCACUUUUGCCCGACUUCCCUCGCUCUGGCCAACGGAAGUGGCUAUCCGAGCAGGAACAGCGGUUUGCAGAAUGGCGGCUGGCUCGAGCUGCAAAUGAUGAAGUCGAUGAGAACGGGUCGGUUCGAGAAGGAUUAAGGGACGCGCUCUUGGAUCCCAAGGCGUGGAUGCUAAUCCUAAUCCAAGUUUGUCAGCUCUCGUCCCAAAGCCGGACGUAUUUCUUCCCUGCAAGUCCUGCUCUUCCAUCUUCGAAUGCAUUCAAGUCUUACACAUUGCAGACCAUCGUUAAGACCUUGGGCUUCAGCAAUAUUAUCACGCUGCUUAUUACUGCGCCCGUCUAUGUCUUUGGCUUCAUCUCAGCCCUGGGUAAUUCCCUCAUAGCGAACCGGACCAACCAGCGUGCGGUCCUGAUCGCGUGGCCUCUCUGCAUAGACAUUGUGGGAAAUACCAUGGUGAUCUCGUCAACAGCCACAGUAGUCAGAUACGUUGGCAUGUUUCUCAUGUGUGCUGGCUCGUACUCUGCGUUCAAUGUCGUGCAGGCCUGGAUUGCUAGUACGAUACCCCGGACGCGAACCAAGAGGGCCAUUGUGUACGCCCUGGUAAAUCUGUUCGGCAACUCGGCCAAUAUCUACGGCUCUUAUUUCUUUCCCACAUCGGAUUCGCCCCAGUACCGCCCGGGUGGUAUCACCCUAUCCGCGUUUGCUGCAGCAGGAAUCGUGGCGACAGCACUGUUGGCAUUGUACCUUCAUCUGCUAAAUGCGAAGGCACGGAGGGCGGAGGAGGAAGACGGACAAAUACGAUACAAGUAUGUCUGGUAG